AUGGGUCCAGUCAUGCCUCCGAGUAAGAAGCCAGAAAGCUCAGGAAUUAGUGUCUCCAGUGGGCUGAGUCAGUGUUACCGGGACAGUGGUUUCUCCAAGGCCCUGCAGGAGGACGAUGACCUUGACUUCUCUUUGCCUGACAUCCGAUUAGAAGAGGGGGCCAUGGAAGAUGAAGAGCUGACCAAUCUGAACUGGCUUCACGAGAGCAAGAACUUGCUGAAGAGCUUUGGGGAGUCGGUCCUCAGGAGUGUCAGCCCUGUCCAGGACCUGGACGAUGACACCCCUCCAUCCCCUGCCCACUCUGACAUGCCCUACGAUGCCAGGCAGAACCCCAACUGCAAACCCCCCUACUCCUUUAGCUGCCUCAUAUUUAUGGCCAUCGAGGACUCUCCAACCAAGCGCCUGCCAGUAAAGGAUAUCUACAACUGGAUCUUGGAACAUUUUCCGUAUUUUGCAAACGCACCUACCGGGUGGAAAAACUCAGUGAGACAUAAUUUGUCUUUGAAUAAGUGUUUUAAGAAAGUGGACAAGGAGAGGAGUCAGAGCAUUGGGAAAGGGUCAUUGUGGUGCAUAGACCCAGAGUAUAGACAAAAUCUAAUUCAGGCUUUGAAAAAGACACCUUACCACCCAUACUCACACGUGUUCAAUACACCUCCUGCCUCUCCUCAGGCAUAUCAAAGCACAUCAGGUCCACCCAUCUGGCCAGGCAGUACCUUCUUCAAGAGAAAUGGAGCCCUUCUGCAAGAUCCUGACAUUGACGCUGCUGGUGCCAUGAUGCUUUUGAAUGCUCCCCCUGAGAUACAAGCAGGUUUUCCUCCAGGAGUGAUACAAAAUGGAGCACGGGUUCUGAGCCGUGGGCUGUUUCCUGGAGUUCGGCCUUUGCCAAUCACUCCCAUUGGAAUGACGGCAGCUGUGAGGAACGGCCUGGGCAGCUGCCGGCUGCGGACUGAGAGCGAGCCAUCGUGCGGCUCCCCGGUGGUCAGCGGCGACCCCAAGGAGGACCACAACUACAGCAGUGCCAAGUCCAACGCCAGGAGCACCUCGCCAGCCAGCGACUCGGUCUCCUCCUCCUCGGCCGACGACCACUACGAGUUUGCCCCCAAGGGGAGCCAGGAGGGCAGCGAGGGCAGCGAGGGCAGCUUCCAGAGCCACGAGAGCCACAGCGACACGGAGGAGGAUGACCGCAAACACAGCCCCAAGGAGGUCAAGGACGCCCUGGGGGACAGCGGCUACGCAGCCCAGCACAAGAAGCGCCAGCACUUCGCCAAGGCCCGGAAGGUGCCCAGCGACACGCUGCCCCUCAAAAAGAGACGCACGGAGAAGCCCCCCGAGAGCGACGACGAGGAGAUGAAAGAGGCGGCGGGCUCGCUCCUGCACUUGGCAGGGAUUCGGUCCUGUUUGAAUAACAUCACCAAUCGGACGGCAAAGGGGCAGAAAGAGCAAAAGGAAACCACAAAAAAUUAAAAACAAGUCACUGAUUUGUUUUGAACUUUCGGCCAUUUGGUUUUAGCAUGUCAGGAGAUUUCUAAUGAUUUGUGGCAAUAUCAGCAAUUUUGUUUUUCUUUUUUCUUUUUCUUUUUUUUUUUUUGGUAUUGGUUUUUUUUUUUUUUUUUUUUUUCUUUUUUUUUUUUUUUUUUAAUUUGCCCCUCCUUUGUUUUGGACCCUUAAGAAUUUUAUUUUAAAGGAGAUUGAAGCCAUAGAACUCAUAUUGACACUCAGCUGUUUUACAAAAGCUUUUCAUUAUCUGAAGACAAAACCGAAAAAGCCAAAAUUACCAUUGCUUCCUCCAGCUCUGUCAGAAACACGUGGCUGAAUCCGCAGGGACGCCAGCGGUCAUGCCACGGGAACACACAUUCGGCACGUGUGCAAAGUAAUCAUCCAUCAGGCCCAACCCUCAGGUUUAAAAGGUCAGGAUGGCCCCCCAGUUGGGGUCACUGAGUGAAUGCGUACAAGGCGACUGGGGACAAGGAAGAACCCUGGUCCCCUGGGAGCAGACCCAGGCUCGUAGUGCGGGGCAUCCAGCUGUGCCAGGAAAACUCUUGGCCUUGCCAUGGGUGUCAUUGCCAUGAAGUGUGCAGGGGUGGUUGGACAGAGUGGGGGGCGUUCUCCAGUCCUUUGUGCUUCUUCGCUGGAAAGUCUAGUAGCAUCUUAGGAGGGGGACAUACUGGACCACUCCUUUUACACCAGGUGUCAAUGACAAUGAGAAGAAACUGGGUCAGUUUUUAGUGAUGGUGCUCAUCAUUGAAUUUUGUUCUGUAUUAAGAGAAUGUUCCACAAGCCAUAAGCCUGAAGGUUGGCCCUGCACACACACGCGCACACACACGAGAGAUAGAGAGAGAGAGCGAGAACUAAUGCAGAAAACAAGCUGUGUCUUCUUAACUGCCCAAGUGAAAAUCAAGUCCAGGAAAUUACAGUAGCUGUCAAGGAAGAAAAUAAUGGUACAGAUCUUUUUCUGUCUGUCAAAACUGUUUGAUCCGAGUGAGAAAACAAAAAGCUACAGAACCCGCCAUUAGUAUUGUGGUGUAUUUCUAAAAGAUUAAAGGCAGAUUGAUGGACAAACAAAAGUAAAAACAUGGCAAAAAAAAGUACAAAAACAAAAAGUCCUAUACUGCCCUCAAAAUGGAGUUUGCAGUUAAUAUCAGGAUUCAUCUUUGCAAAAUCAGUGAUUUCCACGUUCAGCCAGUGUAGCCAGCAGAAAUUUCUGAUCCACAAUGCAUGGAUUCCUUUGAAAAAAGAAAAAAAAGGAAAAAAGAUAAAAAAGGAAAAAAAAAUCACAAAACACAAACUUUUUUUUAUUCAAAAAUAACAAAGUUCUUGUAAGGUAAAUAAUGUAUUUAGCAUGAAGCAUGAAUUAUUUUCAUAUAAAUAUAGAAAAUAGAGAAAAGGCUAUGCCUCUAAUUUUUAAGCCCUUAGGCUUAGAGUUUCUUUUGGUUUUCUCUUUUUUUUUUUCUUUCUUUCUUUCUUUCUUUAAUUUUUUUUCUGUUGUUUUGUUUUUUUUUUCCCCAAUUAUUUUGUUUUGGUUUUUUGAAGCAGGUGUUUAAGGUUUAACCUUCUUCAGGGACAAAUUCUGACUGUUGGGGAAUCUUACUCUGCAAUAUAAAAUAUCUUCGUGUUCUGGUAGGGCCUGGAUGGCGGAGCUCUAACUGCCUUGUCUGCACUUCAGCCCCCGACCCCCUGGUUCUCUGUUGAAAAGUGUGUCCUUUCUCUUUGUCUGUCCAUGUUUACCAUGACGCAAUAAUUUGAGGGCAAACUUAGUAGUGAGUGUGUAUGAUAGAAUCAAGAGAAUUACGGGACGCUGACUUGAGAAAACCAUUACCGUGAUUUGGUCCUAGCAAAAAGGCAGUGAAUAAUUAUGCAAAUUCGCCGGAAGAAGGGAAAGCACGCUAAUGGGCCUUAUUGGAUGAGGGUGUGAGUUAGGGUGCACGCGAAGGAGGAAGUGACACGGAUGUUGGAAGGACCAGCCCCAGACAGUUUCCCUGUGAUGCCAUCUCGCAGUGGGAAGGAGGGGCCGGCCACCUCUGCCACCUGAGCACACGAACCAACCUGGAAUUAAGCCCACCUAGAUUAUGAGAGCUGAAUUUAGACAACCGGACGAUGUCACGCAGACCAGAAACUCCUGUUACCUUUGCCUAAAAGAAAUUAUCUUGAGAGAUCCAGAGAGAAAUCUCUGAAAGAAUAUGAUCUUCCACCCACAUGGAGGGGAAUUUUAAAACACAAACAGGAACACCCACUACCAGGGCUCAGGAUGUGGUGGUGAGGGAGAGCGGGGGGCACUGGGGAGACGGUGAUGUUUAAAGACGGGACAGUCGGGGGCCGUCGUGGAGCCCAGUGGCCAGCAGCAGCCAGGACGAAGGGAAUGAACUGGCGCGGACGCCGCGCUUUCCUUCCUGUGGGUUGCUGGUAAGAGAACCUGGCGGGGGGGGAAAAGUCUACGCCCAUAUGACAGGUCAAGUUCAGGACCUGAACCUGAAUACUUCCAGCACAUUUGUCCCGGGUGUAGAUGGGAAAAGGAUGUAUUACCGAAGUGCCCUGUUCCCUCCAUCUCCCCAAGUAUCUGACACCCCAAAAGCUGUGUCAGUUGCGGAGCCUGAGCAACACUUUGAUACGUGUUGUCGCCUGACGAAACCCGGAAGACACCCCCUUCGGCUCCGCCCCCCCACUCCCUCCCCCCCAGGAUAAAGUUCAGGCUUCCCUCCCGAAAGGCAGAGGCAGACAUCCAGGACUGUUUCUGGCGGGGACUUCUUCCAGUCAAAACCCCCGCGGUGGGCUGUCUCCCCUCAUUUCGUUUUUCUAAAGGAGCAAAGGUGUCUUUUAGAAAAUAAUAAAAUGCAAUGUGUGUGAUUUACUUUUCUGAUCUCUUUGAGAAAUAGAUAAAUAUCUUAUAAAAGUGUGUUCUUAACUCCAGAACCACUCUUUUUGCAUAAAUACCUCAUCGGGCAGCUUUCUAAGUGUUAUUUUCCUGAGUCUCCCUCAGCACCCGUGUAGAAGCCUGCUGGGUGACUUCUAGGGGAAACUUCAGUGAGGGUACUUUUUUCUAUUUUUCUUCUGUUUUUGGAGGCAUACACAUUAUGCAUAACCAAAACAAUGGCUCAAUUGUGUUUAACUUUGUAUUUUGAUUGUUGAGAAAAAAAAAAAAAGUAUUGAUGUGUAUGUGGCCGUUUGUAGUGAAUUCAUGGCAGAAUGAGGUUGUCCGUGUCCUUGCCAAGCCAAGGGGCGGGAGGCACCCUCUCUCACUCCCUCCUCCAAGAGCAGUAGAGGAUUUAAGCACAAGCCUAUUUGUGAAAGACUAUUUUGCUCAAAUGUAAUUCACUUUAGUCUUGGAAUUACUUCCCAAAUGUCAGGUGUUCUUUUAGCUUCCAAACUAGCAUAUGUAUUCAUGAGUCUGACAGAUCGCCUGAGCACCGUUCAAGGGGUGUGGUGUUUUUGCUUUCAUUUCUCCUGCUGGGAGAAGGGGUGUUUUCAUGUGUCAUUCCAGUAUCUCACAUACUCACGUGGGGUGGGGGGGGGGGGGAGAUGGGGAACUAUAGCAAUAUUUAAAGAUGCUUUGGAAAACAACCAUGAACACAUCAGCACCGUGACAUCUACAAUUACUUGCUGUUGGCCCUCGGACACAUUUAAGAGAAAGAGACUGUAGCUCUUUUUUCUUAAAUGAUAUACACAUAGACAGUUAUUUUUAUGCUACUCUAAUUGUCUUUUAUCUUUAUCUAGUACUACGUGGAAAGGGUCUGCAUCAUAGAUUUUUCCCAGCCUUAUUAUAUACCAUAAGCUCCUACUUCCCUUCCCUCUCUAAUCAAUAUACUUUUAAGAGUUCUUUGGUAAAUAAAGCUGUCUAUUUGAAACUCAGAUGAACCAAACCCACGUUUAGGUGGUGGUUUGAGAUGGCCAAGACGACUGCUGCAGGUUUCAGUCUUGGGGCUGAGUCUUUAAGAAGGGAUGUGUCAGAGGCUUUUCCCAAGAGCUGAUUUUUUCUCGGAGAGGCAUUCAGCGUGUCUGGUCCUUGCUGGGUGCGGCAGUAGCUACCACAGGGCAUUCUAGAAGCUGCCGUUGCACACGAAUGGCAUUCCUGCCCCAGGGACUUCAGGCUGUGGGCUGUGAAAACCGUCCAGAUGGCUUUUGUGCCCAGCUCAGUGCUGGGACACACUGGGACUGCCCGGCACCAAGUGCUACCAACUCACGUUUCAGUGACCCCCCACACUAUGCAUGUGGGCUCUUAGCCUCUCGUUCGAAGGGCUUUUGGAGAAGGAAUCAGAGUUCUGUACAAGUGACCUACAUGGGAGGGUUUUCCAUACGGGAUUGGGUUAAAUUCAAUGUGACUCCUCUUUUCCCUUUAAACUUGAUUCAGGUUGGGACUCGGUUUCUUUCUGGUGGAUCACAGCUGCCCAGAUGUUGCAAUUUAUUUUUAUGUUUCUGUAGAGAAGUGUUUUCCUUUCAUCUUCAGGAUUUUUGCCACCAAAAGAACACAUUCGAACUCUGUGUCCCCUCUUGAUUGUGACUUAACCAGUGUUGACAGUUAAAUCCGUAGUGUCGUAGGUCCCAGCCCUCCAAUACUAUAUCAAACACUGUUAUGCACAUAAUGCAGCACUGUGAUCUAAUUUAAAUAAUACUUUUUUAUUAUUUAUACUACUAUAUAUAAUAUGCAUCAACACUUUUGCUAUAUAACCUAAGUGAUAACCCUCUUUUAGUUAUCUGCCAAACUCGGGACUUUGGUUUAUAUUGCAGUUAACACAGUUACAAAGUUGUAAUGGUGUCUUUUUUUCUUUGUAACGGAAUGUGUAAAUCGAAGUAUAUACAUUGUGUGGUGUUCCUAUUUCUGGAGUUUCAUGAGGAUUUACACAUGGCAUUCAGUGUUCUGUAUAGACCCGCCUACCUUUGUGAGUUCAUCUGUUAACCCCUCUUCCUUUGAGAGAGCACCGGAGGUGGUUAACUCCUUGUUUUCUCUCUCUUCUACUGGUUAUUCUUGAAUUAAGCACAGACUCGUCAGCUCGGUUGCUUUAUCAUGAAUAAUGUGUGUGACCUUGAAAUUCUUCCACAGUUCAGCAAACAAGUGCUAGCUUCACUGACCAAAAAUUAAGGAAGGAAAAUACGAUUUUCAAAGUGAUCCAUCUUUUAACGGCCAAAACCGAUGUGUCUAUGGUGCUGCAUUUUGCUGUCUGUCCUACUUUUGAAAUCAGACCUAGGUGAAAGAUCACUUCUGACUCUACUGUGAUAUGCUCACAAGUACCCUUCCUGUUCGUUUUGUUAGCGUUGAAAUCAAGACUAUUUAUUUGGAAUAUAUUCAACAGUGUUUUUCCCACUGUAUUUCAUUUGCAAAAGUUGAGAACAGCCUUCCCUACCUUUUGCAAAUAACUGAUAUUCCAUAUUGGAUUCGCACAGACUUCGAUAUGGUGAGCCUGUCAAACGUACAAAUUGUAUUUCAUCCUUUCAUUACUGUGGCCUGAGUUCCCCGACCUCCACCUCCUUUUUUUAGAUGAAACUUAGCACAAGUUCAGUUAUUUAAACAUGGAGCAUUUCUUGAGUACGUGUGUUGAGGCCAUUGAAGCUCAUAGCUGAUUCAGUAACCAGUUUCAUGCUGUUUUAUUCACACUUACUACUUAUUACUGCCAUGGUGAAAAGGGGGGGGGGGGGGGGGGAGUAUCCGGGUGUGUCUGGGAAGCAUUAGACACUUGUACAUUUUUUUAUACUCUGAUUCUGUAAACAUUUUAGUUUGGUUUUUUUUUUUAAGAAAAAAAAAAAAAAAAAUAACAGUGAUAAAGCAAUCAGAAGACCAAGAGGUUUACUAUCGAUGCUUAGGGUCGUCUGACCUUUGCUGGCCAAUAGACCUACAUGGCCAAAUUCUAAUUUACUAGAGUAAUAAUUUCUCAAAAGCCAAUUUUUUUUUCUGUAUUUUCUGUAUGAAACUGCCAAUAAUAUCAUGAAUAGAAAGGGAGAACCAUAAAGGAGAAAGAAAGUGACGUUCAGUUGCAUCUGUGUUCCCUGCAGGAGCAUUGUGAAGGCAGGCACAAUCAGCCGGACUUUAGGGACCUGAUGGUGUUGCUUUGGAGGCAUCCAUACAUGCAUUUCGCAUUCUUCAUAUGUAAUCAUAUUGCCAAAGACAAACUAUUUCAUCAUUUAUUGUAAAUAACACUUUCCCCCAGACCUACCAUAAAGUUUCUGUGAUGUAUUGUCUUCCAGUUGCAAUAAAAAUUACUGAGUUGCAUCAAUUGACGAACAAUGCCACGUCGUACUGUGUGCACCGCGUCUCUAUAUGCAAAUGCCGAGCAGUAAAAUCAUUUCUAUUUCUUA